AUGUCGAGUGGUAAUAAUUAUAAUUCUAGUUACAAUUCCAAUUACAAUUCAGGUUAUCCGUACGAAUACCAGCAGCCUCAACACCAACACCAACAGCACCAACAGCACCAACAGCACCAACAGCACCAACAGCACCAACAGCACCAACAGCACCAACAGCACCAACAGCACCAACAACACCAACAGCCGCAACAACGCCAGUACCAACAGCAAUACUACCAGCAAUUACCGCAGCAUCUACCCAAGGGCCAACCCGAGCAGGAUGGCCAAAAUUACCCUUACAGUCCCAAAUUCACUCCUCAAGAUAUUCAGAUUUUGAAACAACUCUUGAUGGCGGGGGAAAAACACAAGUGGAAGCAAAUCACCAAGGAAAUCAACUACCAAGCGGCAGGACGAAGAGGUGAAACCUAUGUUGAUGAUAGUCAGAACUAUAGUCCGGUGAAUAACCAUGCGUUAACUCUACAACAGCCGCAACAAGCACAGACCCAGACCCAGCCCCAGGCCCAGAAUCCACAACAAGCACAAGCACAACAGUCGCAGCAGCAGCUUCCAGCUACUGCCGGGACUAAAAACGUCUCUCCAACGUUUGUCAUUAAACAGUACCAGUCACUACUCGGUUUACCUAACAACGCAUUGCAUUUUGGUAUUUUGGGUUCAUCUUUACCUUAUGUUGUUGCAGAAAAUGGUUGGGAUGAUAUAACGGCCUCCGAAGCAUUGAACGAUAAUGUUGAAUAA